UGCGCGCGCGCGCGGCGUGACGUUAGAGACGCGCCGGAAGGAGGAGCGCGGCUCGGGGCGGCGGGAGGAUUUGGCGGCAGCAGCGGAGGAGCGUGAGAGCGGAGCGGAUCGCAGCCAUGAGCGGGCGUCUGAGCGAAGGCGCCAUCGCGGCCAUAAUGCAGGGAGAGAACGUCUGCAAGCCCGUGCUGCAAGUUAUUAACACACGGGCUAUCGCCACAGGAAAUGGGCCUCCUCGGUACCGAGUGCUGAUGAGUGAUGGGGUGAACACGCUCUCCUCAUUCAUGCUGGCAACACAGCUGAACCCCCUUGUGGAAGAGGAACGUUUAUCAGCACACUGUAUUUGCCAGGUUAACAGAUUCAUUGUCAACAGCUUGAAAGAUGGAAGGAGAGUGGUUAUACUGAUGGAUUUAGAUGUCCUGAAAACUGCUGAUAUGGUUGGUGGGACUGUUGGCAACCCAGUGCCUUACAACGAAGGGCAGGGACAGCAACGUUCUUCAGCUCCAACAGCCAACACAGCACCCAACAAGCCACAGCAACAGAAUGGCAAUUUGUCAGUAGCAGGUUCUGCUGCUCCAAAGUACCACGCUCCCUCAAACCAGUUUAGUAAAGCCAGUGCUCCCAGCUCAGUGAAGACACCAGGGGGAACGCAGUCCAAAGUAGUGCCCAUUGCCAGCUUGAAUCCAUACCAAUCUAAGUGGACCAUUUGUGCUCGUGUUACCCAAAAAGGGCAGAUCCGCACAUGGAGCAAUUCCCGUGGUGAAGGGAAGCUCUUCUCUAUAGAGCUGGUUGAUGAGAGCGGUGAGAUUAGAGCUACAGCAUUCAAUGAUCAAGCAGACAAGUUCUUUCCUCUCAUUGAACUGAACAAGGUAUAUUAUUUUACCAAAGGCAAUUUGAAGACUGCUAACAAGCAAUAUACAGCUGUUAAGAAUGAUUAUGAGAUUACAUUCACUAAUGAGACUUCGGUUGUGCCCUGUGAUGAUGCCCAGCAUCUUCCAUCUGUUCAGUUUGAUUUUGUAUCCAUCUCUGACUUGGAGAACACACCCAAAGACUCAAUUGUCGAUGUAAUUGGAAUUUGUAAGAGCUAUGAAGAUGUCACUAAAAUUGUAGUGAAAGCUAACAAUAGGGAGGUAUCGAAGAGGAAUGUGCAUCUGAUGGAUACAUCAGGGAAACUGGUGACAGCUACGCUAUGGGGAAAUGAGGCUGAGAAGUUUGAUGGUUCCAGACAACCUGUGAUAGCCAUCAAAGGAGCCCGGGUCUCUGAUUUUGGUGGUAGAAGCCUGUCUGUCAUGUCAUCGAGCACAGUGGUUGUCAACCCUGAUAGCCCAGAGGCUUUCAAGCUCCGAGGAUGGUUUGACUCUGAGGGACAGCUUCUGGAAUGUGCCUCCAUCUCUGAUGUGAGAGGUGGGUCGGCAUCAGGGGUGAAUACCAACUGGAAAACUUUGUAUGAAGCCAAAUCGGAGAGGUUGGGACAAGGAGAUAAGGCGGAUUAUUUUAGCUGUGUGGGCACAAUAGUACAUCUGCGCAAAGAGAACUGCAUGUACCAGGCCUGUCCCUCUCAGGAUUGCAAUAAGAAAGUGAUAGACCAACAGAAUGGACUGUAUCGUUGUGAGAAGUGCGACCGUGAGUUCCCCAACUUCAAGUACCGCAUGAUGCUGCUGGUGACCAUUGCAGACUCUCUAGAUUACCAGUGGGUGACUUGCUUCCAAGAGUCAGCAGAAUUCAUUCUUGGGCAAAGUGCUACUUUCCUGGGAGAGCUGAAGGAGAAGAACGAGCAGGCGUUUGAAGAAGUCUUUCAAAAUGCAAAUUUCAACACGUAUGAGUUCAAGAUCAGAGUAAAACUGGAGACGUACAACGAUGAAUCUCGUAUUAAGGCUACAGCACUGGACGUCAAACCUGUAAACUACAGAGAAUACAGCAAGAGGUUGAUCGCGAGCAUCAGGAGAAAUGCUCAGCUAGGAUGAAAAGGCUCGUGCUGCUUGAUCAAAGCUACAGGCUUCCAGGAAAAACUCAGAGGAUGUUACAUUGACUUUUUCCCCGCUCUGUGUAUGACAAUUUGGCAUUAGUUACACCACGCAUGGUAGCCCAGUGUAGUGGGCUGAGUGAUUUAAUGCAUUUCUCUGAAGAUGUGCCCCUGGUAGCUUAAGAGUGCACCCGAUGGCCAUGAUGCUGUAGACUCUUGUGGUCUGUUAAACUGUGACAGCACAAUAGAGGAUCCUCUAGACAGAUUGUCAGUAUCUUUAGACAAAGCAUUCAGAAAAUCUGAAGUAACUCUGCUUUCUUGCUAUACAUAAACCUGAAUUACAUAACCAUUGUGUCGUCUUUGCAAGAAAAUAGUGACAACCUUGGCACUUGGACUUGUUCUGCAGAGGAUGGGAGGGAGGGUGUCAUGCAGCCUUCAGAUCUGGACGAAGGAGAGCAGGUCUAUUAGCACGAGUUAGUUAUUUUCUGUAGAAUUCAAAGGCUUUUUCUUUCCACAGGUGCCAUGCAGUUAAUGCUUGGAAUGGCAAUAUGGUAGAAUUAUUAAUCAAAGACAUAUCUUUUAUAUCUGAAGAAUAUCCUUCCUUCAGGGUUUAAUAGACUGAGUCAGAUGGGUCUGAUAUUAAUCAAAAUUGUCUCUUCUGAGGAAGGCAGAUAAGCAUUGACUCUCCAUCCCCCAGGGAAAUCUAGGCAACUACAAAGCAUUGCUUUAGUUUUCACUUCAAUUAGUACUAUAGGUUUUGGGCUGCUUUUAGCACGCGUUUCCUUCCUAUAUGUGUUCUGUAUGUAUGUUCAGUUUGUUAGGUUUUAUUUGUAACGAUGUUAAUCAAAACCUGGUCUUUCAAUGGGGGGGGAGCUUUGUUUGAAUAAACACUGCUUAAUUCCUGUGUA